AGGUUGAAGUCACUUUAAUGAAACACAAACCAACCCACAGAACGGGUGGAAAGACCCACUAAGAAAGAUUAAAAAAAAACCUUCAAAAACUAUUAGUCUUUCUUUUUUUUUACAAGAGCACUUCCUGUCCAAUGGUUUAACUCUUUAUUAUUUUUUUUAAAGCUUCCCCCCUAAUAUUUUAAAAUCUAUAGAGUGAUUAUAAAUAUACUUUUUAAAAAAAUCAGCAAUGAAAUUGAGUGUUGGGAUUUUUUUUGGAGGCUUCUUUGGAGCACUAGGAAUUUUGUUCUUUUUGGUUGCCUUUGGAACGGACUAUUGGCUUCUCGCUACAGAAGUUGAAAGGUGUUCAGAAGGCUUGAAUGACACCACGGAAGAGAAGGUUAUUUUCCACCAUGAAGGUUUUUUCUGGAGGUGCUGGUUCGAUGGGAACGUAGAUGAGCAUGCUAACAGUAUUUGGAAGUUCUGGUACACUAAUCAGUCACCUUCAAAAAACUGCACCCACGCUUAUCUCUCUCCAUUUCCUUUCCUUCGUAAUGGGCAUAAUUCAACUGCCUAUGACUCGGCAAUCAUUUUUCGUGGUUUCUGGUCAGUUAUCAUGCUUCUUGGAGUGGUCAUUGUGGUGGCUGCUAGCUUCUUCAUCAUCUGUGCUGCACCUUUCGGUAGCCAUGUGCUAUACAAAGUAGGAGGAGGCUGUUUCAUCACUGCUGGCAUUUUGUUCACACUGGUGGUUGUGAUGUAUGUCAUCUGGGUCCAGGCAAUGGCUAACAUUGAAAACUAUGUGAACAUGAAGAAAACAGACUGUCUGGACUUUUCCAUCUAUGUGCGUUACGGCUGGUCUUUUAUAUUGGCCCCAGUAGGAAUAUUUUUUGUUAUGUUUUCAGGAAUGCUGUUCUUACUGGUAGGGCGCACCAUUUACCUGCACUCUGAUUAAAUCAGGUGUCAGGUGCCGGAAAUGUUGGAAUCAUGGUGAAGCUUUGCUGAAAAACCACUUUUAUAUAUUUCAAUCCUCUCUCUACAGUAGAGUAUUUGCUGGUGCCAUUCUGGAUCUGCAUAGGUGACUCCAUUUAUACAUUCUUGUCAUAAGGGCAUGAAACUCCCUCUGGAAUAAUAACAUCAUUCAGUCCUUUCAGACUUCUUCAGAUCUUCAUGAACUGCAUGCAACACAUUUCUUCACAUAACAUCUGUUCUUUACAUCUCCAUGUUGAAUGCAACAGGGGCGAAAUGAAAAAGAUGUGAAAUGGUUCAAAUAAGAAUUUGGUUUUGGCUGAGGGCCAGUUCAAAAAUUAUCAUCUUAAUGAGCACGUGUAACGAAUUCCCACUUCCUCCUCCCAUAUAUUGGCCUCUGAAAGAGGGAAAUGACAGCUGGAGAGCAUUCUGCCAAUAUUUGCCUAGUAUUAUUCACCUUGCAUCACAUUUCCAGCAAGGCAAGAUUCCUAGGCUAUACUGCUGCCACAUAUUUAUCACAUAUCUAGCCCAUCUAGUCAAACUUGGCUCAUUCUAGCAAUAGCUGCUUUUUCUUCAUGGGGCAUAGGUCUGGACACUAUCCUGUGUGGUGCUCAGAGAAGAAGAUCUGAUGAAAACCAACUAUUAACAGGGUUUGGUUUGCAGUUGAUAGGCAGUGGUGGUAUCAACUUUGCUAUCUUGCCUUGCUGAUAUGGGCUGGGGCCAAUGGAAGGUGAAUGCUGCAAGGGGACGGCCAGCCACAAUUGCUUGUAAUACUUCCUGUUUCCCUCUUCCUGAGGGUAAUCCAGGCAAGACCAAGCUUGAUUAGGAGAGUAAUGUGUGAAUUAGUCCUGAGAGAGGUGCCUGUGCAGAACAAAACAAAUGUUACAUAGAGCACUUUAAUCCACUGUCCUCUCCUCUUGUUUCAGUACUUGGCAUUAGCUUUAAAAUGGGAAAAAAAAAUUCUGUUCCUAAAAUAGAGUACAGUUGUCGAUGUAGUGCUUCAGUGAAUGGGGCGGUACAGAAGGUGAUGUCAGUGCAACAAUGCUUUGAUGCUGCUAAGUAUGUGUAACAGCUUGUGGUCAAAAGCAUAAAUAGUCAAGGCAAGAGAACUGGAAGGUUUAUGGGUCAUCUAGUCCAGUCUUCUGCACAGCAGGAUUGUUUCUGGACUUAAAAACCAUACGUGACUUUCUGCUGUUGGUUGCAGAGUCUUUGUUUGCUUCCCCUGUAGUAGAUGGCUUGACUCAUCUGAUCAAGUCAUAUGAAGUAUUCUUCAUCAGCCCCUGUUCAUGUUCAACCUGCUCUCUUCUUGUGGCAUACACAGAGUGCAAAAGGAAAACCAGGAACCAUGUGCUAGGUGGCAAGAUGGUUUGCGUGAGUUCUCUGGAAAUCUGAGGAAGCAGGAAGGGUAAUAGUGUUGGGUUUACCAUAUUAGGUAGAGACAACAAACAGCUGCCAGAACUUCUUGAUUUGCUCAGUUCCUUGCUCAGACCUGGAUUGUGUAGGUAGAGGAAGUAGCCUUGUCUUGCAGCAUUAGGUUUAUUUACAUGGAACUUUGCUGUGUUCUAAUUCUUGGAAUGCCAUCAUCCAGUUUCAUAUUAAAACAUCUACUGGAGAUCUUUGCAUACA